UUCCUCCCGAGGCAGCUGCGCAGGGGUUGGCGGUGCUUUGCCGACAGCCUCCUCUGCUUGUGUCUCACUCCUGUGAUAACCAGCGUUCCUCAGAAAGCCCAUCUUCACCACCCAUGUGUCCGCUGGCUGUGGCCUGCUCCACGCCUCCUGCUCACCUUGGACUCCGCCCUGCCUGGCGCCGCAAAGGACCAGUCUUUGGGCCAUGGAGCUGUACUUUGGUGAGUACCGGCGUGUGCAGCAGGAGUACGGUGUCCACCUGCGACUGGCCGGCGACCAGGCUGCAAAGCCCAGGGACGUGGCGCGCUCCAGGCCCAGCUCCUACGGCGUCAGCAUCCGGGUGCAGGGCAUUGACGGCCACCCCUACAUUGUGCUCAACAACGAGGAGCACUGCGUGCCGGGCGCAGCCUUUCCCGGGAACAGGCCCCCCUUUCCGUCUCCGGUGAUGCAGGGGCGCAGCAAGGAUGCACCGCUGCCCCCUGAGGACCCACUCGGAGACCUGCAGCGGACCUCUCCUCUCGGGGUCAGGGCCGGUGUCCCCGAGCAGAAGGACAUCCCGGGAAAGUCACCCCAGCUGCUGAACUUUCAGAGGCACCCGGAGCUCUUGCAGCCUUAUGACCCCGGCAAGCAUGAGCCGGUCCUGCAGACUCCCCGGGCCCCCGAAGGGGAAGGGUUCGACUGUUCCCCAGAGGAUGCUGUUGAGGAGAAGACACCGCCCAGGACUUGCAUUCCCAGCCCCGGCCUGGAGGCCGUGCGGCUGUGCGGUUCUGUGGUCAUAGCGGACCCUGGGCAGCGGACCUCUGUGCGGGUGAGUGUGCAGAGCUGCACAAGGGACGGGCCAGCAGAGGAGGAGGAGGACGAGGACCCUGCCCGGAGUGGUAGGUCCCCAGCCCCCCGGAAUCCGCAGCCCCACGUGGAGACCCAGCGGGCCAGGCCGGACGUGCUGCCCUUCUGGCGCCAGGACUCAGCGGGCCCGGUGCUGGAUGGGGCUCGGUCCAGGCGGUCCUCGUCCUCCUGCACCACGCCCACCUCGGCCACCUCUCUGUACCGGUUCCUGCUGGACGGCCCGGAGGCCGCCAUCCACGCGGACAGCGUGAACCGGCACGAGAACCGGCGCUACAUCCCCUUCCUGCCGGGCACCGGGCGGGACAUCGACACGGGCUCGCUGCCCGCUGUGGAUCAGCUGAUUGAAAAAUUCGACCAGAAGCCCGGGCCUCAGAGAAGAGGGCGGUCGGGGCGGCGGCACAGAAUCCACCCCGAAGACCGGCAGCGGUCCCGCAGCGUGGACAGUGCGCUCCCUUUUGGUCUGCAGGGCAAUGCUGAGUAUCUGGCCGAGUUCAGCCGCAGCCGGGGCAAGGCCUGCGAGCGCCUGCUGCGGCCGUCCCAGCUGUGUCCCCCGAGGACGCCCCUGGCCGGGCCGCAGGGAGCCUCGCAGGGCAAGGACGGCCCGGCCCCACGGGGCAGCGCAGGUCAGGAGGGCGCUGCUGUGGCAGCGGGGUGUGCCUCGUCCCUGGCCCUUCCUGCCAAGGCCGGGAAGCAGGAGGAAACGAAAACGGCCACCGCCACACUGAUGCUGCAGAGUCACCGGGCGGCGGCCACCUCCCCGGAGUCUGGGGCCAAGAAAAUUUCCGUGAAGACGUUUCCUUCCGUCUCAAACCCUCAGGCCACCCCGGAUCUCCUGAAGGGCCAGCAGGAGCUCAGCCAGCGAGCCAACGAGGAGACGGCCAAGCAGAUACUUUACAAUUACCUUAAGGAAGGAAGCUCUGACAACGAGGAUGCCACCAAAAGGAAAGUCAACUUGGUCUUUGAGAAAAUCCAGACCUUAAAGUCUCGAGCUGCAGGGAGCGCCCCGGGGAACCAUCAAACUACUAGCUCGUCAUCUGAAGUCAAAGAUCUGCUGGAACAGAAAAACAAGUUGACCUCAGAAGUGGCUGAACUUCAGCAGCGGCUUCAACUAGAGACUAAGAACCAGCAGAACAUCCAGGAAGAGAGAGCACGCCUGAGAGCUGACCUGGAGGAGCUUCGCAGCCAGCUGGACAGGCGGGUGGAGGACGACGCUGGGCUGCAGCAGCGCCUGAAGGAGAGCGAGGCUGAGCUCCGGAAGAGCCUGGAGGAGCUCUUCCAGGUGAAAAUGGAGCGGGAACAGCACCAGACCGAGAUCAGGGAUCUGCAGGACCAGCUGUCGGAGAUGCACGAUGAACUGGACAGUGCUAAGCGGUCGGAGGACAGGGAGAAGGCAGCUCUGAUUGAGGAGCUCCUGCAGGCGAAGCGAGACCUUCACGACCUGCUGAUCGCCAAGGAGGGGCUGGAGGAGCUGCUGAGGAAGCGGGAGCGAGAGCUCACAGCCCUGCGGGGAGCCCUGAAGGAAGAGGUUUCUAGCCACGACCACGAGAUGGACAGGCUGAAGGCACAGUACGACGCAGAGCUGCAGGCCCUGAGGGAGAGUGUGGAGGAGGCCACCAAGAAUGUCGAGGUCCUGGCCAGCCGGAGCAAUGCGUCAGAACAGAGCCAGGUGGGGGCUGAGAUGAGGGAGAAAGCGCUGAAGGAGGAGAAGGAGAAGCUGCAGGGCAGAACUGAGGAGCUGGAGCGCAGAAUGGCCGAGCUGCAGGCACAGAUAGAAGACGGCAAAGGCAAUGAGGCCCGUGCUGAGGAAGCGCUCCGGAAGUACGAGGGUGAAGUACGGCAGCUAGAGGAGGCCCUUGUGCAAGCCAGGAAAGAACAAAAAGAAGCUGUGUCGGUCAGGUGGACCCUGGAGAGUGAGCUGGCAGGCGUGCAGAGAGAAUUGAGUCGGACCAUCCAGGAGCAGAAGCAGCUGUCGGAGAAGCUGCAGGAUGAGACUGAGCAGAAGGAGCAGUUAAAACGGUUGAAGAAUGAGAUGGACAGUGAACGACGACACCUCAGUGAGACCAUCGAGAAGCUGCAGAAGGAGAUGGCCGACAUCGUGGAGGCCUCGCGCACAUCAACCCUGGAGCUCCAGAACCAGCUGGAUGAAUACAAGGACAAGAAUCGCCGAGAGCUGGCAGAAAUGCAGAGGCAGCUGAAGGAGAAAACCCUGGAUGCGGAGAAGGCCCGCUUGACCGCCACCAAACUGCAGGACGAGGUGCGCUUGAGGGAGGAAGAGAUACGGGACCACCAGAGGGCUCAGGACGAAGCACUCACGAAAAAGCAGCUGCUGGAACAAACACUGAAGGAUCUAGAGCACGAGCUGGAAGCCCGGAGCCACCUCCGAGAUGACCGCAGCCGGCUGGUCAAGCAGAUGGAGGACAAGGUCUCUCAGCUGGAGACGGAGCUAGAGGAGGAGAGGAGCAACUCGGACCUGCUGUCUGAGAGGAUCGCAUGGAGCCGGGACCAGAUGGAGCAGAUGAGGAACGAGCUUCUUCAGGAGCGAACUGUGCGACAAGACUUGGAAUGUGACAAGAUUUCCCUGGAGAGACAGAACAAGGACUUGAAGAGCCGACUUGUGCAUCUGGAGGGCUCCUACAGGUCCAGCAAGGAAGGGCUGGUGGUACAGAUGGAGGCCCGGAUCAUGGAGCUGGAGGACCGUCUGGAGAGCGAGGAGAGGGACCGCACCAGUCUGCAGCUCAGCAAUCGCCGGCUGGAGCGGAAGGUGAAGGAGCUGCUGAUGCAGGUGGAUGACGAGCAUCUGUCGCUGACGGACCAGAAGGACCAGCUGAGCCUGCGUUUGAAAGCCAUGAAGCGGCAGGUGGAGGAGGCCGAGGAGGAGAUCGACAGACUGGAGAGCUCUAAGAAGAAGCUGCAGAGGGAGCUGGAGGAGCAGCUCGACGUGAAUGAGCAUCUGCAGGGCCAGCUCAACUCCAUGAAGAAGGACUUAAGACUCAAGAAGCUGCCGAGUAAAGUGCUGGACGACGUGGACGACGACGAUGACCUCAGUACAGAUGGUGGGAGCCUCUGUGAGGCCCCACUGAGCUUCGCCUUCCCCAGGGACAGCACCAUGAUCAGCCAGAUCUAGCGCCGUCCACGAUGCUGCGGGACUCUGCAGGCCAAACCGGGAAGCCCAGGCCACCCCCACACGGCCCACCGCGCUCCCUGGGGUCUCCAGGCCCUUGACAGGGAGGACGUGGGCCUUGGUGGGGCCAAGGCCAUGUUCUGCACAGCCAUGCCUCCCCUGCCGAGAGCCGGGGUGCCAAGUGCUCCUUCCUGCUUCAGAGCCACAUGCAGGGAGGGGGCGGGUACCAACUGUGGACCAGGCCUCCUUUGGAACAUUCCACCACCUUUCUGGGGUGGGCCCUUUGUAAAGUUCACAUUUCUAUCCCAAGCAUUCUUUUUAAGACUCAAAGCUGCUAGGCUUCAUUAAGAGUGGAGGUCAGAGACAAGGUAGUGUCAGCCACUUUGGAAACCAGAGCUGGGAAGAGGAAUCGCAGGGACCUGUGCUGGGAGGGAGCAGAGGUGCAGGUGGCCUGGAGAAGCGGCUGCUGCUGAUCAUGGGCGGGGGUCGGGGUGUCACUGUCCUCUGUGAGCUGUUUCCCGCCUUGGUUGCUCAUUUCAUCCAGCUUUUGGACCAUGCUAAGACCAGUUUCCGGUCACCAGUUUCCAUUACACACACGGCGGUGGGGAGACUUGUUAGCGAGUGACACUUCUCUAGAGGCACAGGCUGUGAUGUCACGUGGUCCUCUGCUUCCCCCACCAUGGGCUUCUGAGCUCCGCCUUCAGGCAUGGCGUGGAGAGGAUCAGGAGCUGAGAUUCCCAGCGUAAAUAUGAGGAUGAGGCAGGAAAUGUUCAGUGAGGUCAUGGGGCGAGGGUGGGGGAGAAGCGAGCAGCAGCUGUGUAGGUGGGGCUAGCUUGAGGAGGAGGGGAGAACUGGGGGAUGUGGAGAUGGGGAGGGUUGAGCUGGAGCUGCAGCAGUAUUCAGAAAGGGGAUCUGUCUGUGAACUGGAGGUCUCCUUCCCCCUGCUGGGCACCAGGUCUGGGGCUGAGGCCAUGCAUGGGUGGCAUGGCAAGGUGGGUGGCUUCAGGAGGAUGCCGGGAUCCCUGCACAGCCACAGGACAUGGGCCAGGUGGCUCAGGGGGGAAGUGGCCAGGGCAAGGACAGCAACUGUGGAGUCCUUUUGCAUCCCAGUAGGUGGGAGGCCUGUGGCCAGGGAAGUCCAGGGCACUUGGCUGGGGGUCCCUCUAAGCUUAGGGUCCUGGAGUUGUGUGACCAGAUGCUGAGUCCUUGGAACUGGAUGGCCAGGCCCUCUUCUUCCAGCCCCAGUCCCCAGUCUGUCCUCAGUACUGCGAGGGGUAUCUGUGGCCCCACUUCCUCCCUCAGCCAUUAGUCCAUGUGGCCAAUCUGUCGGACACCCAGUAUGCUGGGCACAGCCCUGGACACAGGGGCAGGGGCAUCUCCAGUGGGUAAAAUGUCCUCUUGGAGCUCAGUAGUGACCACAUGGAUGAAGGGCCUGGCAGUGCAGAGCCCAGCCCCAAACCCUCUGAUCUCUUGGGAUGCGACAGUCAGAAGGGUUCUUGGACCAUCAGAAUGUGUUUCAUUUCCCUCCAAUGCCUUGCGCCCCAGUGCCUAGAGCACAGAGAAGAGCUCAGCUAGCCCGGAGCUGGACAGGAAGCAUCGAGUUUGCUUCAUUCUCUCUGCUCUUCCUGGCAGCCGUGAAGGUGGCUGUUGGGAGCAGGAGGGCCCUGAGUAGAGCAGGGGACACCAUUCAGAAUGCCUUCGAAAAGCUGCUGAAAGUGUUGCUGUGUGGUGAGGAUGUUGAUGAUGGCGCCACGCUGUGAUGCAGGUGGCUGUGGCCAGGAGCCUGCAGUAUGGGGGGAGGGAGGGAGGGCACUGCACUGGGGAUGGGAGAGGCGUCUUGGGGCCUGGCUCGUCUCUGUACCCAGACUGAGACAGGGUCCUGGCUGGGGUAAGAGGAAGGUUAGGGCCUGGCCUGUCCCAGCUUGUACACAUGGUCAUUGCUCUGUCAUCUAUGUGUUACACACUUGCUGUCCUCUUAUUUAGUGCUUUAAGAGCUAACUACUGCUCAGGAGUAUUUUCUUUAGCUUAAAAAGAAACAAAAAUAUGUAAGAAAAUGUGUGGCCAAAGGCAAUGAUGAAGACAAUCAUCAGGUUUCUUACAAUGUCCUUUCCUGCCUCAAGAGCGUCACCCGCCACACCUGUUUGCUACUCUGGUGGGUUUUGUACCGGGAAAGGAUAGUCUUCUUGUGGCUGCCUCCAUGUAAGUGAAUUCCUGGAUGCAGCAAGAUUUCCUUCCAAUAAACAGUGUCGUCCAGUAGGACCCUGACUUUC